GAGGCUCUAAUUACUGAUUAUACGCUUACAUACAGGAACAUAUAUUGGUGGCCAAACAUAAACACAACUUUAUUUUAGAUAACAAAUAAGUGUCUAAUUCUAGAGUCUCUGCCUAUUGAAUUUACGUGUUGCACGGUCGACAUCAAGGUGAGGCGAGGAAGACAGAGAGAGGGAGAGAGAGAGACGGAGAGGGAGGGAGGAAGAGAGAGACUACACCACAGCUUCACAGUCACACAUCACAGCGCACAGCUAGGUCCGCCAUCCCCAUAGCGAUAGCCCUAGAUCCACGCCCUAACAAAACGACACAUCUUCUACAAUGAGGGACCCAGUGGUGUGAAGAUGGCGAACGCGUCGUACGACCAGCUGGUGAGGCAGGUUGAGGACCUCCGGAAGGAGAACACUCACCUGCGCCGGGAGCUUCAGGACAACUCCCACCACCUGUCCAAACUGGAGAACGAGACCUCCGACAUGAAGGAUGUCCUGAGGCAGCUGCAGAAGAAGUUGGAGCAGGAGGCCUGCACACUGGCUUCAUCAGGGAGAACCGACGUACUCGACCAGCUCAAAGAAUUGCACAUGGAUUUAACCAACUACUAUGAGCUGAAGUACCAGCCUCACGACCUCCGCAUGCUUCCCGAGUCUCUGGGCGGAGCGGCUGGGCACGGGGAAGACUGCCUGGCCCUGCACCCCUCCAGCCAGGGGCGAGCCAGGAGCCCCAACCGCCCCUCGUCCCGCCAGAGCCUCUCCGUGGCUGGGGAGAGCGCUGCCAUUCACCCCCACCUCAUGGACAGCUCCAUCUCCAAAGCAGGCCUGAUGGGGGAAGGCCGUGUCACCGCCCAGCAUCUGGAGGACCUCUGCAAGGAGAGAGCCAUGCUUCAUAGUGAGAUUGAGAAAGAGGAACGAGAGCGACACUGGUAUUACUCUCAGUUGCAAGCCCUCUCUCAGAAGCUGGCAGAGCUACCACGCAUCGAAACGUUCUCCAUCCAGAUGGAUAUGAUUCGCCAGCAGCUGGAGUUCGAGGCCCAGCAGGUGCGGUCCGUUAUGGAGGAACGAUUUGGUACCAGUGAUGAGAUGGUGCAAAGGACACAGAUCCGAGUAGCUCGUCUGGAUCAGUUGGAGAAGGAGCUUCAGGAGGCGCAUGAGUCUCGUGCCCCUCUGGAGAAAACACCCACCUCAGAGAGUCAGACACUCAGCUGCUCAUCCAAGCCUCCCAUGUCUGAGAUGGAGCAUGCAUCCAGCACCUCAGGACUGGAGGGGCCAGGGGAGGGGGGGAGCAAGGUGGAGAUGGUGUUCUGGCUCCUGUCCAUGCUGGCCACGCGGGACCGCGAGGAGAUGUCGCGCACGCUGCUCGCCAUGUCCAGCUCCCAGGACAGCUGCAUCGCCAUGCGCAGGUCCGGCUGCGUGCCGCUGCUGGUGCAGAUCCUGCACGACGGCCCUGAGGGGGGGGCCUCGGCGGCGGGGGAGAGCGGCGGAAACGCCGGUUGCAGCCGGGAGGCUCGGUCGCGGGCGUGCGCUGCGCUGCACAACAUCAUCUACUCGCAGCCGGACGAGGGGCAGGCGCGGCGCGAGAUGAGGGUGCUGCACGUGCUCGAGCAGAUCCGCUCGCACAGCGAGAGCGGCUGGGACUGGAUGGAGAACCACGUCGGCACCCCGUCGCCAGGGGGAACCAUAACCACAGACAUCCCCGAGCCCGUGGACCCUCAGAUCUGCCAGGCGGUGUGUGCAGUGAUGAAGCUGUCCUUUGAUGAGGAGUACAGGCGGGCCAUGAACGAGCUGGGGGGUCUUCAGGUGGUGGCAGAACUGAUGCACCUGGACCAGGAGCUGUACGGGAUGCAGAACGACCCCAUCAACAUGGCUCUGAGACGCUAUGCAGGAAUGGCCCUCACCAACCUCACCUUUGGAGACGUGGUCAACAAGGCCACGCUUUGUACUAAGAAGAGUUGCCUUCAGGCCAUUGUGUCUCAGCUUGCAUCAGACAGCGAGGAAUUACAUCAGGUUGUGUCGAGCAUCCUGCGGAAUCUGUCCUGGCGUGCCGACAUCAACAGCAAGAGGGCUCUGAGAGACGUGGGCAGUGUGCCAGCGCUGGUCACCUGUGCACUCCAGGCCACGAAGGAGUCCACCCUGAAGAGCAUCCUCAGUGCACUGUGGAACCUCUCAGCUCACAGUCAGGAGAACAAGGUGGCCAUCUGCUCCGUCGACGGGGCUCUGGGGUUCCUGGUCAGCACCCUCACCUACAGAUGCCAGACCAACUCUCUGGCCAUCAUUGAGAGUGGUGGAGGAAUCCUGCGCAAUGUGUCCAGUCUUAUCGCAACCCGAGAUGAUUACAGGCAAAUCCUCAGGGACCACAACUGUUUGCAGACCCUCCUCCAGCACCUGCGCUCCCACAGCCUGACCAUAGUGAGCAACGCCUGCGGAACUCUCUGGAACCUCUCUGCCCGGAGCACCAAGGACCAGGAGCUACUGUGGGACCUGGGCGCAGUGAGCAUGCUCAGAAACCUCAUCCACUCAAAGCACAAGAUGAUAGCCAUGGGAAGCGCGGCGGCGCUGAGGAACCUCCUGGCCAACCGGCCACUGAAGUUCAAGGACACGGCCGUGAUAUCUCCCGGGUCCUGCAUGCCAUCCCUCUACAUGAGGAAGCAGAAAGCGCUGGAGGCUGAGCUGGAUGCCAAACACCUGGCAGAGACAUUUGACUCCAUUGAAAAGCAAAGUCCCAAACACCCAAGUAUCAACAAACCACUGAGGCAAAUUGAGAGCCUAGCGAAGGACUAUGCCUCGGACUCCGGCUGCUUUGAUGAUGAUGAGGCCCCGAAUGUGUCGAGCAGCCUGGACACGGGGACAUUCUCAAUGCUAUCCAUGUUCCUGAAUAAUUCCAACUUCCUUCAGGGUCCGCCCCGUAAGAAAGACGGUGAGCCUGAGCGCGAUAUUGGGUUGCCGCUGACAGACGAUAACAAGCACCAUCCCCCUGACAACGAGGUGUCCUUGGCGGCGGAAAAGCUGGCGAAAAAGAUCACCAACACAGUGGCUAAGAUCGACAAGCUAGUGGAAGACAUCACCAUGCACACAUCCUCAGAGGACAGCUUUAGUCUCAGCUCGGAGGACCACUGUGUGGACUGGCAGUAUGGUUCUGACGAGCUCCACGAGGCCAGAGCGAAGUCCUGCUCCCCCUGCCGACUCUCGGACACCAGCAGCCUCGCACACAAAGAGCGACUGAGUAGAGCUCAUGCCCUGCUACGCCUCAAAACCAACAACAGCAGCCUGUCCAAUGAUAGCCUCAACAGUGGCAGCACCAGUGAUGGCUACUGUGGCAGCAAGGACCAGGUCCACACCGCGGCAAAACCACAAAUGCAAAGGAGGCCAGACAAGCUUGAACUCAAGGUGGCCCACCAGGACAUCCUCAAUAACGGACUGCAAGGCACAACAAGGAUGAAUAAAAAUGAAAUACCAGUGCGUGAUUCUGAAGGGAACAGAGAUCAUCAGACAUCGGAGCCAAGCAGCACGGAGACAGAGAAAGCCGAAGAGCAUUAUCUGUCAACGCCAGCAACAACAUCAACCAAGGUUUCAUCUGAUGCUAGCAUGUCUACCAUUAAGCUGUCCCCCUCUUAUCAACACGUCCCAUUCAUACAAAGUGUUGCAAAGUUUGGGGUUGCCAAAAACACCAUCAACGUUCAGGCUGCCCAGGCAAUGAGAAGGCAAGCCUGGGUGCCGACGGUGAUGACUGGUGGGAGCAUAACCAAGUUCUCUCCAAUAGUAGCAGCCAGAAGCCCAACACUGGGGCAAAUGGAAACGGUGCAGAAAUACUCAGUGGAGAACACACCCAUUUGUUUCUCACGCUGCAGCUCUCUCUCCUCUCUGUCCUCGGGCGACGGCGCCCUAGAUGGGCAGAGUCAGAGCGAAAAUGAGCUCGAAAGCGACUCAUCCCUGGAGAUCAUUGAAGUGGAGGACGAUGAAGAACUGGGGAGAAGAGAGGAAGAGGAUGAGACCCUAGAGGACCUGAGUGAUAGCCAGCUGCUCGUCACGGACCAGAAGACCAGCGCAAGUAUCAGCAGCCUGAUCUCAGACCCCAUUGAAAUCCCAAAGCAUCGUGAAAAGGUCUUCCCCAGAGGGAUCUCCCCCAUGAUUCCCGAGGACCAAACUCCGUCAAGUUCCUCCGAUAACUACAUCCAUGAGACACCUCUCGUCAUGAGUCGCUGUAGCUCGGUCAGCUCCCUGGGUAGCUUUGAAUCUCACUCCAUCGUUAGCUCCAUCCAGAGUGAUCCUUGCAGUGAGAUGAUCAGCGGGACUGUGAGCCCAAGUGACCUUCCGGACAGUCCUGGGCAGACCAUGCCUCCGAGUCGCAGCAAAACCCCAUGCUGUGCUGAGACAGGCGGCCCAGAGGCUCAGAACCAGAUUGGGAACCAGUGGGAGAGCAGCCUGAGGAAGUUCAUGGAGAUUGCUGACUUCAAAGAAAGGUUCAACCUACCUCCAGACUUGGACAUGGAUAUGAUCUACUUUACCGUGGAGAAACCGACUGAGAACUUCUCCUGUGCCUCCAGCCUUAGUGCACUACCUCUUCAUGAGCAUUACAUACAGAAAGACGUGGAGCUCAAACUUACACCCCUGCUUCAGCAACAGGACAACAACCCCAACGCCCAUCAUGGGCAUAGACAUGAAAUGGAUGACCAAGGUUGUCUCGAUCAAGCCGAGCGGUACAGUGAGGGGAACUCGGACGAUGAUAUAGAGAUUCUCAAAGAGUGCAUCAAUUCUGCAAUGCCCUCCAGGUUUAGGAAAGUGAGACCACUGAUGUCUACUCUGUCCAACCAGAUGCUUAAUCCUCAAGCAAGAAGAUCUAUUCAGCUACCCGUCUAUAUGGUGUUGCCCAACAGUAAUCAAAUGUGUGCUAUGCGAAAGCAUGGAAUGACUGAAAGAGACAUCUAUCAUGACGAUUCAUCCUUCACAGAUUCAGCAGAGGGUACUGCAAUUAACUUCUCAAGCACCACGUCUUUGAGUGAUGAGACCCUUCAAUACCCUAUGAAGGCCAGGACGGCAAAGGACUGGCGUGCCAGAAACAUGGAGAAAAGGGAGCUGAUCGAUCAAGAGGCAAAGCGAAUCGAAGAGCUGCGGAUAUUUUCACGCUUCCACAAGCCCACUAAGAUGCCCAAUCAAGCAGAUGUGAUGGACAAUCACAAUCAGAUGAACAGAAUGAGACAUGCCAUCCCCACCCAGAGGCUGAGCAAGGAAGUAGCUGCUAAACUGACCCAGCAGAGAUUCAACAGAGAGCAGUCACCAUCACCCAACACUCACAGCCAAAGGCAGGCGCAGAACCUGUCCAGGAGCAUGCCGCAGUUGGAUCUGCCCAUCAUAAUGCAAGGGGCAGAGCUGUAUCGAAGCCAGAAGUCUCUCUACGGGGAGAAUGCUCAGGAAAACAGGGCAUUUCAGUCUAUGCGACACCCAACGCCAACUGAGGAAGCUAUCUACUGUUUCUAUGACGAUCAACUGGACAAAGAGGAAGCAAGGAUGACACGAAUGGGACAGAAACAAACAAACGACACAAACAACAGGAACACCAUGACCCGUGGAGGGUUAAAGGUCAAACGUGAGGACAGUCCCCAGACACGCCUGAAGGGCUUCCAAAAGAUCAAGCAGAAUCUGAUCAUGAAUGAGGCCCCGCCAUGUUACUCUCUCAGUUCAUCCCUGAGUUCCUUGAGUGAUGCAGACUUCGAAGAGCACAAAGGGAAGAAGCAGCAGGUCUGGAUGAAAAACAGACACAGCAUGGCAUCUGCUCCAGCCCAGUGUAACAAUAAGCUUCCCCACAUCCAGAGUCAGUAUGAGGACAACAGUUCACCCAGCUCUGUCAGUAUGGACUCUGAAGACGACCUCCUGCUGAAGUGCAUAACAUCCGCCAUGCCCAAGCAAAGAAAGAAACAAUCUGGGAGGAAGAGGAAGUCAGACAAGAAGCAGAAACAGAAAAAUGGGCAGCAGAAGGCUUCAGUUGAACGGAGAGCUGAGAAAGAGCUGGAGAGCGAUGACAUGUUCUCUGACAAAGAUUCCGACCUCAACAGCGUUGAGUGGAGAGCAAUACAAGAGGGUGCUAAUUCUAUCGUCACAAAGCUGCAAGCCUCAAAGUCUCAGGAGCAUUCAUCAGAGUCUGAGUCGGUGCUGUCGUUCAUGUCUGGUGUGUCUGUGGGAUCGAGCUUUACUCCAAAGGCUGACAUUAGGAAUAACACAGACAACAAGAAUGCCAAGAAACUCUCAGAGGGUAGAAACCAAGGGACCCCACUUGAUUUCACCCAACGCAAGCCUGUCUCAAACUUGCCAGUUGUUUUCAGAGGCCGAACGGUCAUCUAUACACCUAAGAAGGAGGCAAACCUUUCACAGCGCCCAACUCCCAGGAAGGUGUCUCCCAAAACCGACAAACCAGCGAAGAAUCCCAACUUUGCCCAGCAGAGGUCUCGCAGUCUGCACAGACUUGGCUGGCCCAACGACUCCACGGAGUUCUCUUUGCCUAAGAGAAGCUCAACCCCGCCUGCGAGGAUACCAAAGAGCUCAUCGUCUGGAUCCUCACAGAGCUCUACUCCAUCGAGGCAAACCCAGAGGAAGCUUCCUCCUCCAACACAAACCAGUAAGCCCACCCCAAAGAAGGACAUAACACCAGCUUCUAGUCCACCAGGCAAGAAGGGAAACACAUGCCUUGCAAAUCAGCCUGUGAAAUCCCCCGUCAACAGCAAAACUCAGAAGUCUCCAGUCCGCAUACCGUUCAUGCAGAACCAGUCAAAGACAACGAGGACAAUCUCUCCACUGGUGACCAAUCAUCCCAAUUCACUUAGCAGGCAGAACAGCCAGAUGUCAGCAAAGAGAGAAUCGGCAGCGAACCGCUUUGAGUUGGUGCGCAUGACUUCGUCCCACUCCAGUGGUUGUGAGACGGACCACAAUGGCUUUCUGCGGCAGCUGACCUUCAUCAAGGAGACACCCAGUGGCUUAAGACGGGAUGGACCCUGCUCCCGCUCCGUACCCACUUCCCAGCAUGCAUCACCCCACAGAGCUUGUCCUAAAGCCGUUUUCCUUUGCUCAUCUCGGUGCCAGGAACUAAAGACAGUAACACAGGGGCCGAGAAGAGGGCUGGGCCGAGGACCAGCGCAGAGACCCAUACCCGAGCAGGGCCUUCUGAGGCAGAGCAGCGCACUUACCAGGGCCACCUCCACCGACCGGGACUUCGAAGUGAAGCGCCCGGCCAGAAGGACGAGCUCGGAGAGCCCUUGCAGGAUCCCCAGAAGAAACGUCCCCGCACCGAAGCCCAGGGAGCGUGAAACCUUCAAACGCGAUCGUGAGACGUACAAGCGCGACCGUGAGACAUUCAAGCGUCACGCCUCCUCUCCAAGCAUCAAUGUUCUUAGCCGUGUCACCAGCCGCACCUCGCUGCGCUCCUCUUCCUCUGACUCCAGCGCACGCGCCAAGAGCGACGAGGACACCAGGAAGAAGCCGCAGAGGACGGGGACACGCGGCGGAGAUAAGACCACCUGGAGGAGGAUCCGUGACGAAGACGUGCCUCAGAUCCUAAAGAACACCCUACCGGCUACUGCGCUGCCUCUGUUGCCUUCACCCGAUGGGCAAAGACCGAUGCCGCCUCCACUGCCAAGCAAACUGCCAACCAUCGUGCUGAAGUCAAGGAAGACCAGCGACGCAAUCGUUCAGACUGAAGACUUGUCCACCAGCAAGACAAACUCGAGCACCUCCCCAACAAUCGAAAAUGGCCCAGCCAUCGCCGAGGACGCCGCUAAGAUCAUCCUGUUUAGGAAGAUCAGCAUCGCCUCUGGAAACAACCUGCAGGACGGAGAUUCUGAUGGUUCCGUGAAGAGCCACAGCACAGUGUCAUCUCUCAACUUCUCUGAGGGACACAGCGGUGGUGUCGGCCACUUCCGCCAGAGCUCCCCCAGCAAGGCCGUCCGUGUCACCCCCUUUAACUAUACCCCCAGUCCCAUGGCCUGCUCACAGCAGGACAUGCAAUGCCAAGCCUCAACACUCAGCGAGAAGCCAACUGAAAAAGUCGAAGCUUGAUAGCUGCGGCACAUCCAUGUUUUGAGAAUCAAGUCCAUGCUGUGUUUCUGGACGCUGCAACUCAGGUGGAUUCAUCAUUUAAAACAUCAGUAUUUUUUACCUCAGAUGGUAUUUAACUUCUUCUGUCUUGCCUCCCAGCAUCAAAGACCAUCCAUCUGAAAACAUCCACCUGCAAGGACACUGGCGCCGGUAUCCAAAACUCCUAUGUGUGUGAUCACAGUAGCUACAGAGGACAUUCCUUAUAGUAAUAUGCAUAACCCCUGAAAAGUUGACCCAUGCUGGAAAAGGUGCAUUUUUCUACUUUUUUUUGUACAUGUACAUAUGCCACCGCUUUUGCUUCGCAAGUCGUAUAAACACACACACACACACUCAAACACAUAAAUGCUCUGUGGCAGACAGACCGGAUGGGUGGGUUGGGAGGCUAGGCUUUCAGCACUCAAACAAUAUGCAAAUUAAGCAAGUUGAAUCUCUGAAAUGAGACUUGUUUGGAACUCUUCUGGGGCGCCUGUCUUGGACCCUUUGUACCGGAAGAAGACUGUUGAACUUCAACAUGAGACAGAAACCAUUGAUGUCUGUGUUAAUGAACAGUAUUUCCUUUGUACCCACAAAUAUUUAAUCUUUUGUCACAUUACUGACACCUGAUAACCGCCAUAAUCAGCCUUCACUUUGUAAACACCGCAGGAAAGCCAUUAGCAAGUAGCUCAUGUCAAACAAUCAGCGCAGUUAGAAAUGUGUGCCUGCGUCCUACAGCGUCUCUGUGAUAUAAAGAUAACUGCAAACUAUUCCAUAUGCUUCCCAGUAAUCUCAGCAUCGUAAUUGGCAGUCUGCUGUCAAUCAACCACAAGGACUCACCUGUUUAACCUGGUCAGUUUAAAAACAGAACUCUCCCUUCCCCCAGUGGAGUUAUUCACAUAAAAAUAACACUAAAAGGAGAAGUCCAAGGAAGGUUUUAUAGGAAAAACUAAAUAGUUCCUACAGGCACACAUUUUUGGACAAGAGACACGUUUCUCCAUCACUGCUGAACAGGCUCGGUAACUACAUGUUCCAGAUAAGUAGCUGUGUAUAUAUAUAUAUCUGCUUACUGAAUGCUUCGUUUGAUAAUAUAAUUGUGUUUGCCUUUAGAGUCAGGUAUGCGUAAGUACUUUACCUAAGAGCAAAAAAAACAUGUGUAUUUGACACUGGGAGAAGAGAGCACCAUUGAACACUGAACACUCUGGGGCCUCCACUGAAGGUGAGACUCAACCACCACGGUCCUGAGGAGGGUUGUAAGACCAGAGAGAAGCUGUACCAUAUAAUUGUAUUUGCUGUGGAAGUGACAUGAAUAGUCCAAAUGCGUUAUUUGAAUGAUCUUCAGGUACAUCUUCAAUUGGCAGACGGGAUCUGUGCUUGACAAUAACAAUGUUGUCGUUUGAUGAAAAGUCCAUUCUGAGGGUUAUUUAUACUUACAAUGUCUACUGUGUUUUUUCCUGAUACAUGUCUUGCAUUCUAAGCCUUAGGUUCAUUUGUCUUGAGAUACCCAAUUUGCUCUCUGUCAGUUUCGCUCCACAGGUGAUGUAAAUAACCCUCAUGCCUACUUUUAUGACUUUGAGAUCAGGGGACGUGUUUGGUAAAGAUGAUUGAAAGGAAGAUGAUUGCCAUGAUUUUUGAACGUUUGAAGUGUGUGGAAGAGGCUGUUGGAUGCACUUCUGUGACCAUGGAAGAGUCUAGGCAGGAUGUCAACAUGGAUUGUUGUGAGGGGGAGGGGGAGGGGGAGUGGCGUUUCCCUGUGUCGGCCAAGGAGCCUUCGUAAUAAAUGUUCUCAUGUAAUAA